UUAGUCAUGAGCUCCCGUGGUGCCCGGCUGGGUUCUCUGUCUCGGACGUCGGCGAGGGUUGGAAGGUCCUUGUCCAAGAACCCUGCAGAGAGCCACCUCUCUCAGGAUUCAGCAUGCCAAGAUAAUUCAGUGUUCAGAGGGGAUGAACAGAACAAUGAAGUUCAUGCUCCACUUAUGAGCAGGAGUGAGCAAAAGAAGCUUUUGGAAGAAAAUAUAAGAUUAAAGCAUGAAUUAGAAGAUUUAAGAAGCCAGUAUGAACAGCUUAUAGAAGAAGAGAAGAAUGAAUGUUUUAAUGAAAGACGUGUCAAUCUUUUAAAGGCUCAAGUACUACAACUGGAAAGACAGGUGGUGUUGCUUACAGAAGGAUUAAGUUCUCGAGCUACUCUUUUGCUGGAGUUCAGUGCUUCUUUAGAAGCUUUUACUGACAAGCUUAGCUCUUUUCUUAACAUUGAGGAUUCUGUAUUGGAAGUACCUAUUCCACGUCCAGAAUUUCUACAAAUAAUUGAAAUAUGUCAUGCAAUGAGACAGAAACUGAACAAAAACCAGCAAACUUCGGAUUUAUCAAAACUUGCAUUGCCUUGGACUCUGGGAGGAAAUCUUAUUAAACAACCAAUUACCCUCUUGGAUCUUUGCUAUGGCAAGAUAGAAAAUUUAAAUCUUAGAUAUGUGAGCGCUCUUGAAGAAAAACUAAGCAAGCUGUGGAGACACCUGUUUGCCAUGAGGCAAACUCUGAGUCUCAUGCUGGCCCCAGGACAGGGCUCCUCUGAGACAGCUCAGCACAUCCUACCAACUGCUGUUUAUGCUAGGCUGAUAAAUCAGGCAGCUCAGUGUCAUCAGUCUGUGGCAGAAUGUUGCAGUGAUUUGCUCACUUUGACACUUCUGGUUCCCUCAGCACCUUGGGAAAUAUUGGGGUACUCCUUGAACCAGGAGUUUACUGUGGAGAAUGUGCUUGCAACACUUCCAGCUUUCCCCAAGGGGGGCCCUCAGCAACGUGCUAAAAGGGCAGCAGAAGCUCUGGUGAAAGCUCAGAAUUAUUCCAGGCAAAUGGCAAUGCAACAGAUACAAGCUUUGCAAGCUGAACUUAAUUUCCACAGAAAUUUAUAUAACCUCCAAGUUAAGUACACCGAUGCUGUUUUCAGUGGGAUAAAGCAAGCAUACCACAGGUUUCAAGAUAAUGUCACAAUGGUGCUGUGUUUACCUCUACAAGACAUUUUUCCUUCUUACACAAAACUUAAAACAGAAGCUUCAGAGGCUGCUUUAAGAGAAUUUCUCACAGCUUUUAGAAAUAAUGCUGAGCAGAUCCAAUACGCAGUUGAAACUUUGACUGCAGUGAAUCAGCAGCAUGAAGGUGAAGAGGCCUUGUCAAGGUUUGGAAAAGAGUUCUUCCUAUCUUUGGAACGUUCACUAAAAGCAUGUGGGGAACAACGGGAUAAAGCAGCCAGUGAAGUAGAAACUUUACAAAAUGAACUGGACCAUGCCUUAGAAACCAUGCAAAAUUUAAAGGAACAAAAGGGAAUAAAAUCAGUGCCUAGUCAGCAUUUUCCAAAGCAUGAAGAUGGCAAGAUGGAAGAAAUAAAAGCAUGUGGCUUGGAUGUACUUUCAAAAAAAAAAUCUGAACCCAAUUCACCAUCCAACUUACCAAAACUUGCUCCUGCUGAAAAAAACAAAUUGAAUAGCUCAUCUUCCAAGCUAAAACUGGAAAAUUCUGAUGGUGUCACUGUUCAGCAGAAAGGGAAACACAUUUACAGGAGCAAGAGUAUGAAGACCACUGCCAGGCCACCUUGGCAAGAUUAAAUAUAGCUUUUCUCUAAGAGGGUCUUAACCUUAUUACAACUUUUACAAUAAGCCAGGGAGCAAUACAGUACAGCUUUGAGCAGCUGGUGCCUCAGGGAGAUGCAGAUUUUGCAGUGUCACUUUUGCACUUUAAAUGGCUUCUUGGAGCCACUUCAGACAUGCCAGAUGGAUCAUGUAAACAACUUAUUUGAAAAACUGAAGCAACCCUCAUGCUAUUUUGAUGAGACAUAGGCGCAAACUGAAGCACUACAGUCAUGUCUGAAAACGAAAAAAAAUGUAAUGCCAACACUGCAAUAAUCUGUCUCAAAUAGAAAAUAUAUAUAAAAAUCCAUGACCUCAAGUUUUGCUGUAGACAGGGUUACUCUCUGAGUAGAACAACUCCAACAAUAAUUGCACAUUUCUUCAGUCACUCCUAGCAGAUCAAUUAUGUUAUUUUUAAAGGUAACAUGAGAAGAAUCCAGUAUAGUACUCAAUCACGAAUAAGAGUUUGAUCAGGCUAAAGAGUGCUUGCCGCAUAGCAGUUUGGAAAAGAUUUAAAUUAUGUAUCAGUACACAUCUGACUACUCUCUCAAAUCACCAGCUUCCUCCCUGUGGUUGAAACACAUAACAGUUCAGUAUAUGGGAGUUUCUCACAACAGAUGGAGGGUUGCUGUGCUGGACUUGCGAAAGGCUUUUGGUGUCCAGGUGUCAGUAGAGGAAGUGCCUUCUGUUUCUAAUGCUUCCUCCUGUUUGAACCAAGAUCACACGUGGUGGUAUCUUGAAUGUACCCAGUGAUACUUGCCUUUUAUAUAGUAGGAUAGUCACUCAAUUUUCAUAUAGGGAUUUCUGUGCUUCCCACCUUCUCCUACAUAUACCAGGUAGUAUAUCUUUCAGUCGUAUUAGACUGUGAAGCUGUUCCACAGAAAUAAUUACAUUCAUUACAAUUUUAUUUAUUUUUUUUAAUUUUAUUUGUUUCUUUAUUUAAAACAUUUAUAUCCUGCCUUUCCACAAUGCCCAAAGUGACUUACAAAACAUAAACAUAUGUAAAAGUUCCAAACACUAGCUCAGUAAAAGAAUAACAAAAUAAUUUUUAAAAACUUCAAUGAAAACUUUACUAUCAGCUGAGUGUUUGAGGGAACAAAAAGGUCUUAAAAUGCUUCCUGAAAGUAAGAUUGCCUCCAGUGUGAAUUCUAGGGAGGGAAUUCCAUAGGAAAGGUUCAGUCUCACCGACGGUUUUGUUUCCACUGUCAUUUUCAUUCCCACGACCUGACCUAGAUUCAAUUAAGAAACUGGAUUUCUUUCCACCUUCUACUUCUAAAGAAAAUAUGUGCCUUUCCCAAACAAAUACUUGUGGUUGAAAACAAUUCCUGCUGCAGGUUAGUCAUGUGUAUCAUUGACUCAAAGUAAGUACAGUUCUCCUUAAAUGGCCAUGGCUAUCUGAGAAAUGUGUGCUUGUUUUGCUUUUCCCUUGGCUUGCUAUCGUUGAAAGAAAUACUCUGGGCUCUCUGCUUAUGAGACACAUAAAACAAUGGACUGUCCAGAAUGACAGAAUGAAAAACAAGAAUGGCAUUCAAAAUGUUUACCAGUUGUAAGUGCUUUAUGAAGAGCCCUCAUUUUUCUUAUUGCCAUAAAUGGUUUUAUUGCCUUUUAAUGUAU